UCUUACCCGGUCUUAUCACUCACACAUCGCCCACACUAUCUGCUGCAACAACGUUCCCAAAAUGUCCACCACCCGCUAUAAGGACCCAAUCCCCGAGGGUGUCUGCGUCUUCACCACCCUUGACGAAGCCGCCAAAAUUCAACAGGCGAACCCGUAUGCCAUUUUCUAUCCCGAGAACAACGGCCACUACGCGAAGGAUCCGGACGGGACUGUCGUCGCCGUGGCAUCGGACGAAAUGUGUGAGGAGAUUGACCGCAGAAACGCCGAGUUGGAAGCGAAGAUUGCCGCGGGCGAGAAGCUGACGGAUGAAUAUGCGGUUUAGGGAUGAUGAGCCAUGCUUACGGGGCCGUGGGAGGUAACCGGAGUGGUACGAUGAGAUGAGGGAUAAACUCGAGGCAUUCAAACUGUCUUGUGUCAGCUUAUAGGGAGGGAAUUAUCACUACACUGUACGGGUAUUUAAGUCGCCCAUGUCUCCCUGAGCAAAGCCAGUCUAUCAUCCAUCGUUCUUCCUGAGUAUUAGAAAAUACAAGUAAACCAAGCAGCCUCCAAACCUUUUUUUGAACUUCCUGUCUUAUUCUCUUGACAAUGCUUUCCACUGUCGUCCUUCGCAAGCUGCUUCUUAUCAGCCUAGCCGCUACGGCCUACGCAGCUACCACUCGCUAUAACACCCCCCUCCCUGAUGGCGCUAUGGUCCUAGACACCGAAAAGGACCUCCGAGAAUUUACUGCCUCCCACCCAGAUGUCGAUCUCGAGACUGCAAACGGCGGCUACACUAUUAAAGAGCCUAAUGGUCCGAUCUUGGCUUACGUCGGGGACAAUCUGAGCAACGAACUGGACGGACGAAUGAAAUCCUUGGAGCUUUACGAAAAGCUCUCGGCGGAGAAAGGCGUGUCGGAAAACGAUGUAUCCAAGGUCUUUGAAACCGCCCGUGGAUGUUCCCAUCCGCACUGUGUUUUCCCUGGUGUUCCAGGCAAGUGCGCGCAUUACUCUGGUUGCUAUAUCUGCUCCCAUGGCCAUCGUUGUAUCUAGUCGGCGACAAACAGGGCAGCUGUCUGCGAGACUGUUCAUUAAAGCUCUAAAGAAGAGCUUUAACAACUCCAAUCUUCUUUCUCUCUCUCUCUCUCUCUCUCUCUCUCUC